AUGCUGCGGCAAGACUAUAAUCGUAUCGACCCCAAGCGGCGCAAUGUCGUCGACUACCGCAAGAAACAGUUCGCCUCCCCCGCCUACAAGGAGGCCGAAUACCCGUACCGCCUCAACUUCUAUGCCGAUGCGCCCACCGCCGACAUCACCCUCGAACAGUUCGAGCAAUGGGCCAUUGACAGGUUGCGGAUCCUCGCCGAGCUCGAAGCCUGCGCAUUCCGCAACAAGUCCCCCCAGGAGGUCGCAAACCACAUGAAGCCGCUCCUCGACAAGUACCUGCCCCUCGAGUCCAACAGUUCUCACUCGCCCAAGCUCUUCGCCCAACGCCAAAAGGACCACUACAGCCACUUCAUCCUGCGCCUGGCCUUUGCCCGCACCGAGGACCUCCGCCGCCGCUUCACCCGCGUCGAGACCAUGCUCUUCCGCCUGCGCCUCAACAGCGACGACCAGAACGAGCGAUCCGCUUUCGUCCGCAGCCUCGACCUCGACUGGUGGGAAGCCGUGACGGACGACGAGAAGCGCGACUACGCCUCCGAGCUGGCCGCCAUGUCGCGCGGCUGGGGCAAGACGGCCUCGACCGACGACGACACAUGGUUCAAGGUCGACUGGGACCGCGUGCCGGAACUGGUCGAGCAGCGCAAGGUCUUUCUCAAGGCCGGCAAGGCUUUCGUCCCAGGCAGAGAACAGGCCAGCAUGGUCAUUGGCGAGUUCGUCUCGCGCCUAGAGAGGCAGCUCGAGCUCACGGCACGCGCGCUCCCGCGACUCGACGAGGACGACCGCCUCACGCCCAUCCUCGACCACCUCUCCAAGAACUUCAUCACCCCCGACAGCUCCUACAGCUCCAACACGGCGGCCCCGGCCGGCGCCGAGAUCACGGCGCGCAACAUCGACAACCUCGCGCAGCACUUCCCCGCCUGCAUGUCGCACCUCCACCGCUCGCUGCGCCGCGACGCCCAUCUGAAGCACUACGGCCGCCUGCAGUACACGCUCUUCCUCAAGGGCAUCGGCCUGAACCUCGAGGAGUGCCUGGUGUUCUGGAGGCAAGGGUUCCGCAACAUCACCGACGACACCUUCAACAAGGAGUACCGCUACAACGUCCGCCACGUCUACGGCGACGUCGGCGGCGACUCGAACCGCCGCGGCGGCGGCUACAGCCCCUUUAGCUGCCAGAAGAUCCUCACCGAGCACCCGCCCGGCGCCGGCGAGGCCCACGGCUGUCCCUACCGCCACUUCAACCUCGAGAACCUGACGACCCUGGUCCAGGCCAUGGGAGUCAGUGACCGGGCCACGCUGCAGGGGGUUAAGGAGGACAAGGACAACCAAAAGUUCCACAUGGCGUGCAACCGCGUGUUUGAGCAUUUGCACAAGCAGGAGCUCAAAAAAGCAAAGGACGAGGGCGUCUUUACGUCGGCUCAGCUCGAGACCAUCGUCCACCCCAACGAAUACUUCAAGCGCAGCUAUCUCCUCAAGAACCUCGGCAAGACUGCCGACGUUAAGAUGGAGGGGUGA